GACAAGCAUGGGGAGGGUAUCACUUAUAGCGAUCUUGGCAAUGUUUAUGAAAGUCUAGGCGAUUUCAAAAAAGCCAUAGAGUGCCAUAACCAACAUCUUUUAAUAGCUAAAAAAGUAGGAAACAAGCAUUGGGAGGGUUACGCUUAUAAUUGCCUUGGCGAUGCUCAUCGGAGUCUUGGUGAUUUCAAGAAAGCCAUAGAGUAUCUCAACCUAUAUCUUAAAAUAACUGAAGAAGUAGGAGAUAAGAAAGGGGAGGGUAGUGCUUAUGGUGAUCUUGGCAAUGUAUAUUGGAGUCAAGGGGAUUUCAAAAAAGCCAUAGAGUUCCACAACGUACAUCUUAAAAUAGCUCAAGAAGUAGGAGACAAGCAUGGGGAGGGUAACGCUUCUGGUAAUCUUGGCAAUGAUUAUUACAGUCUGGGUGAUUUCAAAAAAGCCAUAGAGUACCACAACCUAUAUCUUACAUUAGCUAAUGAGGUAGGAAACAAACAUGGGGAGAGUAAAGCUUAUAGUAACCUUGGCAAUGCUUAUCACGGUCUGGGUGAUUUAAAAAAAGCCAGAGAGUACCACAGCCUACAUCUUAUGAUAGCUAAAGAAAUAGGAGACAAGCGUGGGGAGGGUAACGCUUAUAGCAAUCUUGGCAAUGCUUAUGACAGUCUGGGUGAUUUAAAAAAAGCCAUAGAGUACCACAACCUACAUCUUCAAAUAACUAAAGAAGUAGGAGACAGGCGUGGGGAGGGUAACGCUUAUGGCAAUCUUGGCAAUGCUUUUUACAGUCUCGGUGAUUUCAAAAAAGCCAUGCAGUACCUCAACCUACAUCUUGAAAUAGCUAAAGAAGUAGGAGACAAGCAUGGGGAGGGCAAAAGUUAUGGUAACCUUGGCAAUGUUUAUGACAGUCUGGGUGAUUUCAAAAAAGCCAUAGAGUACCACAACCUAGAUCUUAAAAUAGCUAAAGAAGUAGGAGACAAACAUGGGGAAGGUAAGGCUUAUUGCAAUCUUGGCAAUGCGUAUAAGAGUCUAGGUGAUUUAAAAAAAGCCAGAGAGUACCAUUACCUAGGUCUUUUAAAAGCUAAAGAAGUAGGAAACAAGCAAGGAGAGGGUAACGCUUAUGGCAGUCUUGGUACUGCUUACUUCCGUCUAGGUGAUUUCAAAAAAGCCAUAGAGUACCACAGCCUACAUCUCAUGAUAGCUGAAGAAUUAGGAGACAAGCAUGGGGAGGGUUGUGCUUAUGGCAAUCUUGGCAAUGCUUAUUACGGUCAGGGUGAUUUCAAAAAAGCCAUAGAGUAUUUCAAUCUAGAUCUUAAAAUAGCUGAAGAAGUAAGAGACAAGCAUGGGGAGGGUAAGGCUUAUGGCAAUCUUGGCAAUGCGCAUAAGCGUCUGGGUGAUUUGGUAAAGGCCAAAAAGUCAUACAAGGUAAUGCUUAAAAUUGCCAAAGAAGUCGAAGACAAAACCUUGGAGGCAACGGCCUACUAUUCAUCAGGAUCCGUUUUUGAGUUGCUGAGUCGACUGCCAAAAGCUGUUGAAUAUUACCAAGCUAGCAUAACCUUAUUUAAUUCCUUGAGAGUACUUCUAGAAUCUUAAGAUGAAUGGAAAGUUAAUUUUCGAAAUCAGUAUCAAAUGGCGUAUACGGGUUUGUGGAGAGUUCUCGUAAAACAAGGUAAUAUUGAUGAAGCCUUACUUGCCGCCGAGAAAGGACGAGCUCAAGCUCUGACCGACCUCAUGGAAUCCCAUUUUUGUGGUGGAACAAGUCAGCACAAGGGAGGCAAUGAAGAUUUAGCAGUUUUAAAAAACGUUCCAUCAAACACUGUCUUUCAGGCAAUGGACAGAGCUGACGUCAAUCUUUGGGUUGUCUCCGAAGAAAAUAAAAAAGUUCAAUUAAGACAAAGUAAACUCAAUGGUUCUGUUUCAGAGAACAGUGGAGCUAGCCAGUCCUUUGAGUCGUUCAUGCUCGGUGUCUAUACGCGACUUGGUGUUCGUUCUAAUGUGAGAUGCGAGAACCGAUCUUUGGAUGCUUUGAGGGAGAGCCGUCCAAAAGAAUAUGAGAAAACUGAAGAAGACAACCCUCAACUUCCCAUCCAACAAAACGAAUGCUUGAGCACUUUGUAUGAUACCGUCAUGAAGCCGGUGGCUGACCUGAUACAAGGGGAUGAGCUACUCAUUAUUCCCGAUGGACCCCUGUGGCUCGCUCCUUAUGCUGCACUCAAGGAUGGUAACUCUAAAUACCUGUGUGAAUCUUUCAGAAUCCGACUCGCUCCAUCGUUAACAAGUCUUAGACUCCUUGCCGAUUACCCUGAUGAUUAUCACAAAAGCAGUGGUGCGUUACUUGUAGGAGAUCCAUGGGUAGCCGAGGUUACUAAAAGCAAUGGAGAGAGACCUCUCGAGCAGCUUCCGUGUGCUAAACAAGAAGUAGAAAUGAUCGGAAAAAUUCUGAAUAUCACGCCAAUCACUGGCAGACAGGCCACGAAACAUGAGGUGUUAAAAAGACUCAGUUCCGUUUCCUUAGUUCACUUUGCCGCCCACGGAUGUAUGGAAACGGGCGAAAUUGCUCUUACACCUAACCCACACCGAAUGUCUUCUAUGCCAACGAAGGAGGAUUACAUUUUAACAAUUGGAGAUGUGUUGAAUGUUCAACUUCGCGCCAAACUUGUUGUACUUAGUUGCUGCCACAGUGGUUGGGGCGAAAUCAAGGCGGAAGGUGUGGUUGGCAUUGCGCGCGCUUUUAUGGGAGCAGGUGCUCGGUCUGUUGUGGUGUCCCUGUGGGCGAUUGAUGACGAGGCUACUCUCGAGUUCAUGAAAUGCUUUUAUCAACACCUUGCAGAAGGUAAACCUGCAAGCGAGUCGCUGAACCUAGCCAUGAAAAGCCUCAGAGAAUUAGACAAGUUCCGCGACAUCAAAUACUGGGCGCCCUUUUUGCUGAUUGGAGAUGACGUCACU